AUGGUUCGGAGUGAUGAUGAUAUUCAACCAACUGUUGGGACCCGAUGUGAUCUGGGAGAUUUGGUACUGAUCCGAGCACGAGUUGAGUACCUUUCUUGGAGAUUGUUGGAGCUUUUCGUGGAGUUUCAGGGCCAGGUUCGCAGCGUGACAACUGAUAAGCCCCCAACUGCUGUGUACUUUGGCUCUAAUUUUCUAUCAUCAAAGAUGUAUCAAUACUCCAGAGCUGAGUUGAAAGAAGCAACACUCACUAAGGAAAAGUAUGGUCCAAUUCCUAGAGUUUGCAUAAUGUGCAAUCAAGAUCUCUCAAUGAAGGCAUAUAAGGUUCGACGAUGGAUGAUUGAAAAUAAUCCACCACAAGAUGUGAAGGUUAUUUUAGGCUCAGAUCAUAUGUUCAUGUUCUCUAAAACUCUAGAGUUGUGCUCUCGUUUGAUGGAAAUUGCUUUAAAGUACCAUUGA